GGCCGGGGAGCCCCGGGGGGUUGGGCGUGGGUGGCCCUUUAACUGGGGGCUCCGCGCGGGAGGGGCGCGUGACGGAGUCGGCCUUGGGGCCUGAGCUCGGGGUGAGUUCUGCUACGUCUUAUGCAUCGAAUGCGAACCAGCACGUCCCAGCGCUUGUUACCGAGCGAAGCUUGGUGUUUUCAUCUCCGACGUGAGGGGUCGGCCGAGGCCUCGCUGUACCCUCACGGUUAUCCACACUCUUCCAGGGCCAGCAGAAAAUGAUCACAUCCCAGGGAUCCUUGUCAUUCAGGGAUGUGACUGUGGGCUUCACCCAGGAGGAGUGGCAGCACCUGGACCCUGCUCAGAGAACCCUGUACAGGGAUGUGAUGCUGGAGAACUACAGUCACCUUGUCUCAGUGGGGUGUUCCAUUCCUAAACCAGAAGUGAUCCUCAAGUUGGAGCAAGGAGAGGAGCCGUGGAUAUUAGAGGAAGAGAUCCCAAGCCAGAGUGACCCAGAAUUAAUUAAUAACAGUAGAAACUAUUCAAGAAAGAAGUUCAAUGAGUUUAACAAAGGUAGAAAUUGGCUCCAUAAUGAUAAAUAUGAAAGAAUUCAUUCUGAAGAGAAACCUUAUGAAUAUAAUAAAAAUGGGAAUGGCUUCCACCUUAAUGACGACUUUGUUCACCAUCAGAAAAUUCAAAUUUUGGAGCAACCUUUUGAAUACAGUGAAUGUAGGAAAGCUUUCCAUGAGAAUUCACUCUUUGUUGUAAAUAAGAAAGCUUACACAGGGAAGAAUACCUGUGAAUACACUGAAUAUGGGAAGAUCUUCUGUGAUAUGUCAUCUCUCAUUGCUCAUCAGAGAACACAUCCAAGAGAGAAUCACUGUGAAUUUAAUGAAUGUGGAGAAAACUUCUUUGAGGAAUCCAUUCUCUUUGAGCAUCAGAGUGUUCAGCCUUUCAGCCAGAAGUCAAACCUCAUUCCAAUUCAGAGAACCCACUCAAUUGACAAUAUACUUGAGUAUAAUGAAUGUGGAACACUUUUUAGUGAAAAGUUAGUCUUUGGUGUACAGCAGAGAACACACAUAGGAGAAAAACCUUAUGAAUGUCAUGAAUGUGGAAAAACCUUCAACCAGAAGUCAGCCCACACAAGACAUCAGAGAACACACACAGGGGAAAAAUCUUGUGAAUGUCAUGAAUGUGGGAAAACUUUCUACAAGAAUUCAGACCUCAUUAAACACCAGAGAAUUCACACAGGGGAGAAACCUUUUGAAUGUCAGGAAUGUGGGAAAUCCUUCAGUGAAAAGUCUACCCUCACUCAACAUCAGAGAAAACACACAGGGGAGAAACCAUAUGAGUGUUGUGAAUGUGGGAAAGCCUUCUCAUUUAAGUCCGUCCUUACUGUACAUCAAAAAACACACACAGGGGAGAAGCCCUAUGAAUGUUAUGAAUGUAGGAAGGCCUUUCUCAGAAAAUCAGACCUCAUUAAACAUCAAAGAACUCACACAGGGGAAAAACCUUAUGAAUGUAACGAAUGUGGGAAAUCCUUCUCUGAGAAGUCAACUCUUACCAAACAUCUGAGAACUCACACAGGUGAGAAACCCUAUGAAUGUACUGAAUGUGGAAAAUUUUUCUGCUACUCCUCAGGUUUCACAGAACAUCAGAGAAGACACACAGGGGAGAAACCUUUUGGAUGUAAUGAAUGUGGGAAAAAUUUCCGUCAGAAGUCAGCCCUAAUUGUUCAUCAGAGAACUCACAUAAGACAGAAACCUUAUGAAUGUAAUGAAUGUGGAAAAUCAUUCUGUGUAAAGUCAAAACUCAUUGCACAUCAUAGAACACACACGGGGGAAAAACCCUAUGAAUGUAAUGUUUGUGGAAAAUCAUUCUAUGUGAAGUCUAAACUCACGGUACAUCAACGAACACAUUUGGGGAGAAACCCUAUAAAUGUAAUAAAUGAGGGAAAUCACUCUGGGUGAAGUCAAGAGUUUAUAGAAAACACAAAUGGAGAGAAAAAUCCAUUGAUACAAUGAUUUUAAUAACAUCUUUGGCCUAAAGUCAGUUCUCACAAUAUAGCAGAGAACUUAGAGAGGGGAGAGAAUGAUAUGAAGCUAUGGAAUAUAGAAAACUUUUGUGUUGGAAUUUGAACCAUACUGUAUAUCAGAAAACUCAGUGGAGAAAACCUAUUGGUGAAUGAAUAUAGGGAACCUUUUGCCCAAAGCCACACCUCACUAAACAUCAAAGAAAACACAUAAGUUAGAAACCUCUAUCAGCAUUCGUAGGGUAGAGAAGACUUUAUCCCCGGGCCUUAGAAAAUGCACAAAUUAUAGGAAACUAUAGGAAAAUAUUUACUCUGAGGUGAUGACUUGUGUGAAGUGCUUGAAGUAGGAUCUGGUCGAUGUUGGAAAUUACUAGAGAAAAUAUUUUAAAUAUGUGGAAGCUUUAAGUUAAAUCUAAGCUUAUACAUCAGAGAUUUUGAAGGGUUUCUAGCAAUUGAGGAAAUGUGGAGAACUUUUCAUUUAGAAAUAGUGUUUUAUUUUUGUAAAGAUACACUUUGGCCCCUUGCCAGGUCCGUUGUUCCCCUCUGUUUAAGGUAUUAGACGUGAAAACACACCACACUGGGAGCACAGUUGUAAGCACGUCAGAGGCUUAUUGUUCAGGCAUAUGCAAAACAAGAGAAGACUUUUAGCAAGAGGACCCACCAACAGGACUUUCUGAUGUCCAGGUAAAAGAGAGAGAUUUUGGAUCUGGUGACACAUGUAGGAGUAGCUUGCCAGCAGGAUGUUUUAGUAAUUCUGGGAUAGACUGAUUUUGAGUGGCUCAUCCUGGAAUAAUGGAUCAAAGGGGAAAGGUGAGUUGCUAUGCAUGCAACAUAGUGAAUGUAGGAAAAGUGAGUGUGGAGCAUAGGUGGUUUCUUCCCUGGCAAGUGUCAUCCUGUUGUGAGUGACUUACUGUACCCAACUCUAUUUCUCCACAUACUUAACACCUUUCAUAUGUGAUGUAACAAUUUAAAAAAACUGAAACAAUUAUAUAUGAAAAUGCAUUCUUAAAUAUAGAGCUUUAAAAAAGCACAAGUAGAGGGCGCUUGGGUGGCUCAGUUGGUUAAGCGACUGCCUUCGGCUCAGGUC